GCCCCCCCACCGUACCCCGCCCCCCCCCCCCCCGGGCUUCCAUCACUCGGCUUCCUUCCCGGCCUGCCUCGCGCCCGGGCCGGGCUGGGCCAAAGCAGCCAAGAUGGCCGACUUCGAGGAUCGGGUGUCGGAUGAGGAGAAGGUACGCAUAGCUGCUAAAUUCAUCACUCAUGCACCCCCAGGGGAAUUUAAUGAAGUAUUCAAUGAUGUCCGGCUACUACUUAAUAAUGACAAUCUCCUCAGGGAAGGGGCAGCACAUGCAUUUGCCCAGUAUAACAUGGAUCAGUUCACGCCCGUGAAGAUAGAAGGAUAUGACGAUCAGGUCUUAAUUACAGAACACGGUGACCUGGGUAAUAGCAGAUUUUUAGACCCAAGAAACAAAAUUUCCUUUAAGUUUGAUCACUUACGGAAAGAAGCGAGUGACCCCCAGCCCGAGGAAGUAGAGGGAGGCCUGAAGUCUUGGAGAGAGUCCUGUGACAGCGCCCUGAGGGCCUACGUGAAAGACCACUACUCCAACGGCUUCUGCACCGUUUAUGCUAAAACUAUAGAUGGGCAACAGACCAUUAUUGCAUGUAUUGAAAGCCACCAGUUUCAGCCUAAAAACUUCUGGAACGGCCGCUGGAGGUCCGAAUGGAAGUUCACCCUCACGCCUCCUACAGCCCAGGUGGUGGGAGUCCUUAAGAUUCAGGUACACUAUUAUGAAGAUGGCAAUGUUCAGCUGGUUAGUCACAAAGAUGUACAGGAUUCCGUGGCCGUUUCGAAUGAAGGCCAAACUGCCAAGGAGUUUAUUAAAAUCAUAGAGCAUGCAGAAAAUGAGUAUCAGACAGCAAUUAGUGAAAAUUAUCAAACAAUGUCAGACACCACAUUCAAGGCCUUGCGCCGGCAGCUUCCAGUUACCCGCACCAAAAUCGACUGGAACAAGAUACUCAGCUACAAGAUUGGCAAAGAAAUGCAGAAUGCUUAGAGGCUGAAUGUAGGAUUCUUCAGUAUGUGGAAAGAAAGGUUUCAGUGUAUGGUCAUAUGGUAAAUAAGUGAUUUAUAAACAAGAGUGAUAUUUUGCUAGGGCUUUCAAAAUUAACAGGUUUUCUAGCCCCAUGGAAUACUGUUGAACCUAUAGCAUUGUCUUGAUGCUUUCGUGUUCUCUGCCUUGUAAUUUUCUGUUUUCACUAUAUGUAAUUGUAAAUCUUUUUUUUUUUUUAAUUCUGCCACAUUUAAUGAUGGAGGAAGGGAUCUAUCCUGGAGUUGUUUUACUGUUUAGAAAAUUUUCCUAGCCUUGAAGCCCUGUUGCUGAUGUAGACAGGUAAUGAGUUCAGUGCUGUUGUACCCCUCCUUGCAAACACUCCUGAUACUUCCGCGGCCUGUCCUCACCCACCAACAGCUCGAGGCUGUGCGACCAGCAGUAGCGGAAUGGAAGACACACGCACCCUCCCCCUCCGACUGCUCGGACCGUCAUCGAUAGCAUUGCAUCACUGUAGUUUUCAAAAGUUCGGACUGGGGCUUUUCGGGUCCUUUUGUUGGGCAAAGGAAGUUUUCUGGAAAUUCCAUUAUAGCCAGCUUCUCUGGGGAAGUUGUUUUUAAAUCCAAAGACUUGAACCACAUUCCCUGCACAUGAACGCGUUUGCUUCUUCUCCCCUCCUCAUCGUCUCCUUCCCAUCUAGUACCAUUAUAGCUGUAGACGUCUGCAUUUUUAGUAAAGUUUUACCCAUUUAUUAUUAUUUUUUUAAUACUCAAGAACUGCUGACAUACAAGGGACUUGAAAAAUGCAGAUGAAGAAACAGUAGGUAUCUUAUGCUUUAAUGCGUUGUGGCAGGAUUGUACUGUAAGCAAAUGAGUCAAACAGCUAUGUAAAUCACAAGCAAAACCUAAAAAUGAACCAAAGUGAAAAGGAUAACUUCCAGGCAGUAUCUUUCUAUCGUAACCUAUUUAAGGGAAUACUAGUGAUUUGUUCUAAAUAGGUUGUAAAACUUGUUCCAAAUUACUUUUCCUCAGCCCUGCCUGCCAACAACUUAACUGUGAUGUAGCACCCUUCCUUCCCAGGUGUAUUGGCAGGUGUACCUGUGAUCUCAGAAUAUGCAGGUGACAUAGAUAUGAUGUGACAGCUGAAAUGGUGGACUCAUUGACAUUGUUUACACUUCUAUGACCAGGCCUUAAGGGAAGGUCAGUUUUUUAAAAACCAAGUAGUGUCUUCCUACCUAUCUCCAUAUACAUGUCAGAAAAGAAGGGUGUUUGUGCUUCAGCUUUGUUUUUGCUCAGUAAUAUAGUCAAGCAAGAGUUUGUUUCCAAGUGACCUAUUGAGCUGUGUAAGCAUUUUUGUUUAUUUCAAAUAAAAUACAUUUGUAUUAUUUGUUAUUCAUGCUAUCUAUCCAUCCAUACCACACUAUCGUCUGUAUCAGGUAGUCCAGUGGAAAUAUAUCUGUUUCGUUCUUAAA